CACUCUUCUCUUUUUUCUUAUCCUCCCCUCUAGAUCCCUCUGCAAGACUCGUGCACUUUCCAUCCGCUUUACUGGAUACUCUCGGCACAUCUCUGAUAGUCUACAGAACCAACUACUUACUAUCUAGCCUGUCAGACGAAACAUCCCGAGGACAAGGAGACAUACCAACGCAGAUUCCCCGUCCGUCACCACCUCUGUCCGGCCCACCCGUGUCCUUAUCACUGCCCAGAUAUUGCCCGGCCGAGAACAAAGGUUAGAGACAAACAAACAGAAACAACCCAAGAAACAUAAACGAGAGACACCCCCCACCCUGGACUUAACAUAUUUCCCCAUCUGGCUGAAACAAUUGUGCGAAUCCGGUUUCCCGUCCCGCCGAAGACUCAUUCCUAUACCCAGCCAUCCCAAGGAAUCGCAGGCGCAACCUCGCAGAGACAAAUCCCGACGACUCCAUACAAUCCACAGCAAUGGCUAAACACGCCCCCUUGGGCACCGCUGCCAUCGUCUUCCUUUCGGGCUCCAUUGUCCUCCUCCUCUUCGUCAUCCUCGCCGCCGUUCGUGACUCGGCGCCCCUGAGCAACACCUACUUCCUCGAGGCUGAUACCUCGGGCAUCACCGGCGCUCGCGAGGGUCUCACGCGAUGGACCUACUUUUACUACUGCAACGACCAGAACACUGAGUGCUGGGGUGCGUGGCCCGCUCCCGCCUUCGGCUGGGCCUGGGGCCGCGACGCCGCCAACGUUCCUUCUGGUCUCGCCGGCAGCCACGGGGGCGGUACUACCAGCACCCAGUUCUUCUACCUGUGGCGCUUCGGCUGGGUCAUGUACCUGAUCGCCCUCUUCUUCAUGGCCAUGGCCUGGUUUGCAAGCUUCCUGGCGUGCUGCGGCCGUCUCGGUGCCGCUGUCGCCGGUCUGGUCUCUGCCUCGGCUCUCUUCUUCCUCACCGUGGCCGCCUCUCUGAUGACGGCAACCUUUGUCAAAGCGCGCAACGCAUUCCAGUCCGCCGGCCGCGAAGCCCACAUCGGCACCUACGCCUUCGGAUUCACGUGGGGCGCCUGGGCCGCCCUCCUCAUCGCAACGCUCCUCUUCUGUCUUGGCAUCCGCGGCGACAAGGCCGCUGGUGGUGGCAGCCGCUUCCGCCGCAACCGCAGCACCCGCAGCCGCAGGUCCUUUGACGUCAACAGCGGUCGUCGCGUCAAGGAGGACUACGCAUGAGAAGACAUACAGGCGACGAGCCGGUUCAGAUUUCUCUUUUGCGUUGAAAAUUCUGGAGUUUUCGAGGGCGAUGUCAUGUGUGUUCUCAUGAUUUGGCCGUGUGUGGUGGUGAUUUAACACUCGCGAACCUUUUAUUUGCUCAUUCUGCAUCUUCGCCGGCGUUCCUGCAGCGCCAUCUACAACCAAUGUGGCAUUUUCUUGGAGGGAUGGAUUCCGGACGGGAAGAUGGACCGGGAACCGUCACCAUGGUUCUGGAGUUUCUAUUGCGGGUCUCGGACACACCCUGGCUAUAGAAAUAUCGCACUCGUUGAAGAAGUAUUCAUGUCCUAAUAUAGUAAUAUCAACCUCGACAAUUGUCAGCGAUCCAUUUUUGAUGGAUUUUUGACUACACUGUG